UAUGUUUUACCGUGUUAUGCUGUUUCUGUUUCAUGUCAUUUUAUUGAUGUUGAUCUGCAAGCUGUUGCGUCGUUUGUUAGGUCGAUACAAAGAAUAUUAAAGUACCCUCCAACAAGGACUUUGAGUGGGGAUGAAAGGCAGCUCCUUUGGAAAUUUCGUUUUUCGUUGAUGUCCGAGAAGAGAGCUCUUACAAAAUUUCUGCGGUGUGUUGAGUGGAGUGAUGUACAGGAAGCAAAGCAGGCAUUGGAACUGAUGGGAAAGUGGGAACCAAUUGAUGUCUGUGAUGCAUUGGAGCUUCUGUCUCCUGUGUUCGAAAGUGAAGAGGUCCGUGCAUAUGCUGUCAGUGUACUUGAAAGAGCCGAUGAUGAUGAGCUCCAGUGCUACCUGCUUCAAUUGGUUCAAGCUCUUCGGUUUGAGCGUUCUGAUAAAUCUCGCUUAUCCCAUUUCCUUGUGCAACGGUCAUUGCGCAAUAUUGAGCUGGCUAGCUUCCUCCGCUGGUAUGUUGCUGUGGAACUUCAUGAUCCUGCAUAUGCAAAACGUUUCUAUUGUACCUAUGAGAUUUUGGAAGAAAGUAUGCUCAAGUUGGGAAUAGUUGCAAAUGGAGAUGAAGAUGGUUUCAAGUUGUGGCAGAGCUUGGUUCGCCAGACAGAAUUGACUGCCCAAUUAUGCUCCAUAAUGAGAGAUGUUAGGAAUGUCCGUGGAGGUACACAGAAGAAGAUUGAAAAACUCAGACAUCUUUUAUCCGGCCUUCUUAGUGAGCUCACCUACUUUGACGAGCCAAUACGAUCACCACUGGCUCCUGGAGUCCUCAUUUCAGGGAUUAUACCAUCAGAAUCAUCAAUAUUCAAAAGUGCGUUGCACCCAUUGCGUCUGGCUUUUCGAACAACAAAUGGUGGGAUUUGUAAGAUAAUAUUUAAGAAAGGCGAUGAUCUUCGGCAAGACCAGUUGGUCAUCCAAAUGGUAACACUUAUGGAUCGUCUGCUUAAGCUGGAGAAUCUUGAUCUGCAUUUGACCCCAUACAGAGUUUUAGCAACCGGACAUGAUGAAGGCAUGAUGGAGUUCAUACCAUCCAAAUCUUUGGCACAGAUUCUUUCAGAGCACCGUAGUAUCAUAAGCUACCUUCAAAAGUUCCAUCCAGAUGAGGAUGGACCAUUUGGGAUUACUGCAACAUGUCUUGAAACAUUCAUUAAAAGUUGUGCUGGUUAUUCAGUCAUCACAUACAUUUUAGGCAUUGGAGAUAGGCACUUGGAUAACCUUCUGCUUAGAGAUGAUGGUCGCCUAUUGCAUGUUGAUUUUGGUUUCAUUCUGGGUCGGGAUCCAAAACCCUUUCCACCACCCAUGAAACUUUGCAAAGAAAUGGUUGAGGCUAUGGGAGGAGCUGAGAGUCAAUACUAUACGAGGUUCAAAUCAUACUGUUGUGAAGCAUACAAUAUUCUCCGGAAAUCAAGCAACCUUAUAUUGAAUCUGUUUCACCUGAUGGCGGGUUCCAAUAUUCCUGACAUAGCUUGUGAUCCUGAAAAAGGCAUUCUAAAGCUUCAAGAGAAGUUUCGGCUGGACUUGGAUGAUGAGGAGUGCAUUCACUUUUUCCAGGAUCUCAUAAAUGAGAGUGUUAGUGCAUUAUUCCCCCAAAUGGUCGAGACCAUACACCGUUGGGCUCAGUAUUGGCGCUGAUUGGGCAAGCACCAUAUAAUAUUUAUAAGACGGAAAAUUGCCGUUCCAUCUUUGUUAUCAGCACCAUGCCAUGUUCGGUCCGAAUGGUCACCCGUGUGUGUGUGUGUGUGUGUAUAUAUAUAGACAUACAUGUUAGUUAAAACCAGGAUCUUUUGAUUUGCUCAGGGACAGAACCAUAUCGUGAAGUAGUUUCUAAUCUUGCAAACAUAUUUAUUAAUUGUUGUAGACGGGCGGGAAUUUUGUGGUCAAUGAAAUAGACCCACUCACCCACAUAUGGUAUGGUAUGGUAUGUUAGUUUCUUCCAGAA